AUCAACAUCAGAUGAACUGGACAUUUAUCGGCCGUGGAAACUUUGAAUAAGUGGACAUUUAUCUUCUUUAUCCAAAAGCGAAUUGCUCCCAGGCUUUAGCGGGACCGUUGUUCAGAAAGUACGGAUCCGACGGAGGAAGUUAAAAUGUCCAUGCACUUGUAUGAAAUGAGCAGUAAACUGCUCGGGGACACUGUUGGGACAGUGUCCGACAACCUGACCUCCGUGGUGCUGGCAGUUUCUGUCAUCACUCUGACUGUGGGAUAUAUUUCUAAGCUGCUGCUCAAACAGUCCUCCGACAGUGAUCUGAAAUAUCCACCAUACAUACCCUCCAGCAUCCCCUUCCUGGGUCAUGCCAUUGCAUUUGGGAAAAGCCCCAUUGAAUUUCUUGAAAAUGCUUAUGAAAAAUACGGCCCUGUAUUCAGCUUCACCAUGGUGGGGAGUACAUUCACUUACCUGCUGGGCAGCGAAGCAGCCACGCUGAUGUUCAACAGCAAGAACGAGGACCUGAACGCAGAAGACGUCUACUCCAGACUGACCACACCAGUGUUUGGCAAAGGAGUGGCUUAUGAUGUGCCGAACCCUAUCUUUCUGGAACAAAAGAAGAUGUUGAAGACAGGACUGAACAUUGCUCAUUUUAAGGAACAUGUAAAAAUCAUCGAGGCAGAGACCAUCGAGUAUUUUCAGAGAUGGGGAGACAGCGGGGAGAGAAACCUGUUUGAGGCCUUGUCCGAGCUGAUCAUCCUGACGGCCAGCAGCUGCCUUCACGGGAAGGAGAUCCGCAGCAUGCUGAAUGAGCACGUGGCCCAGCUCUACGCCGACCUGGACGGAGGGUUCAGCCACGCUGCCUGGCUCCUGCCCGGCUGGCUGCCACUGCCCAGCUUCAGGAAAAGGGACAGAGCUCACAUAGAGAUCAAGAACAUCUUCUUCAAGGUGAUUCAGAAGCGCAGACAAUCUGGAGAGAAAGUGGACGACAUCCUGCAGACCCUCAUCGAUGCCACCUACAAAGACGGACGACCCCUGAAUGAUGACGAGAUCGCGGGGAUGCUGAUUGGCCUCCUCCUGGCGGGUCAGCACACGUCCUCCACCACCAGCGCCUGGAUGGGUUUCUUUCUGGCCAGAGACAAAGAUCUGCAGGAGCGCUGCUACGCCGAGCAGAAGGCUGUGUGUGGAGAAGCGCUGCAAAUCGACUUCGACCAGCUGAAAGAUCUCAGCUUGUUGGAGCGCUGUCUGAAGGAGACCCUGCGUCUCCGCCCGCCUAUCAUGACCAUGAUGAGGAUGGCUCGCUCUCCACAGACUGCAGCAGGAUACACCAUCCCUGUGGGCCACCAGGUCUGCGUCUCCCCCACUGUCAACCACCGCCUGCAGGACACCUGGGCGGAGAGGAUGGAGUUCAGCCCUGACCGCUACCUCAACGACAACCCCGCUGCAGGGGAGAAGUUUGCUUAUGUGCCGUUUGGAGCCGGUCGCCAUCGCUGCAUCGGGGAGAACUUUGCCUACGUCCAGAUCAAAACCAUCUGGUCCACUUUACUGCGCAUGUACCACUUUGACCUGGUGGACGGAUAUUUCCCCACAAUCAACUACACCACAAUGAUUCAUACCCCUCACAACCCCGUCAUCAGAUACAAGAGGAGGAAACAGUGAGAGGCGAGGAGCAAAGACACGAGGAAAUCGUCCAACAUCCUGAGUGUUUGAACCGAAGCUCUGACUUCCUGGGACUUGAAUUUAGGGACAUUUAGAUCAACGCUGUUUGCUCAAAUGCCCAAUCGUUUAGUUUUUGUGCUUCUUUUAGACCUUUUUACCCUGAAUGUCAACAGACUUGUGUUUCCAGAGUUGAUUACACUGACUGUAUGACUCUGACUUGAAAACAUAUGCUAUUAUUCACAAUGUGAAUUCUUAAAAAUAGAAAUGGUCAGAAACAAGGUUCUUUGAUGGAGGGGAAACAUCUGAUAAGUGAAUGAAGCCUUGGGGCCCUAGCAAGUUUUAUUCAGUUGAUAACUGUUAAACCAAGCAGAGGGUCUUACUUCAGUCCUUAUUCUAGAUUUGUUUGGGUGGAAGUUUUCUCAGCAGUUAUCCAGUGAAAUUAUUAUUCCUGCAUCAUAAGACAGGCAAGUGAAAAUGUGGCCUUUAUUGCAUUAAACACAUUGAAAAAACAACAACAAUAACAGCUUAACAUCACUUUCUGUAAACAGUUGCAAGCCCCUAGUGCAGAGUCUGAAUUAAGAAUCAGCUGUUGUGGGAUGCUGCCACACUGUCACAGAUCAAUUUCCUUCCAAAUAAUUUAAAUCUUAAAAUAACUAAAUGAGGAUAUUUGGGGACAUAAACUUUGUUGCCUUUACUUAAACUUUUAAUAAAGGGUUUUAAAGUUGACCUGUACUAAUUAAGAACUUUCCUCCUGGACCUUGUUGAGUUAACGAGCACUGAUGAUCAAGAGCUUAAACUGCACAAGCUGUUUUGUUUUUCAUAGGACUCGAAUCAAACUCUGUAAAAUGUCUUUAUUCAUUAUAGAAAAAUACUGUGGGUCAUGACAUUUUUGUUCAUUUUGUCCUUUUUUGUGAUUUUUGUUUCAGAAAAAAAGCUGUUAAUGUUUAAUUAUUUCUUUCAAUAAAGAAACUGGGAAAAACCUGC